GGGUACUGCAUUGGUGGAGUGACCAUCCUGGUCCAUUCAUCGUCUGCUGUGGAGGUCGAUUCGAGGAGUGGUCCACACACUCUACUAGUAUAAAGCCUCCCGCUCGGCCAGCUAUCAGCACAGUUGUUCUCAGUUCUCGUUUGCAAGUGAUCCUUUCGUGGACAACUCAACCCUCUACAGCACCAUGUCUGCCUACACAGUGUUGAUCGCCCUGGCCGCAGUCCUAGUGGCAGUGUCAGCCGCCCCCGGCGCAGUGGUGCCCGUGGUGCCUGUGGUGCACGCCGCCCCUGUUCCCGUGGUGCACGCCGCACCAGUCGUCGUCAAGCACCAUGCACCAAUCGUGCCCGUUGUCCACCACGCACCAGUUGUCGUCAAGCACGCUCCCGUCGUUCCCGUUGUGCACCACGCUCCACUUGUCGCCCACCCAGCUCCCGUCCUCGUCAAGCACGCACCAGUUGUGCCAGUCGUCCACCACUCGUCCCACUCUGUCGUUGUCCACCACUAAGAGAGGACCACAACUGUCAUCUGUCGGCGGCCCGCUCUGUCGUUGACCCACUCUGACGGCGGCCCACUCUGACGUUGUCCACCGCUGAGAGAGGACCACGAGAGAAUGUCACCGAGUUGACACUUCAUCACGCCCACCUUCUUGCCUGCCAUACACACUUGUAAAUUCGUCUUCCUUCUCCAUAAAUUAUUUUUCUACAGUCAAACAAUAAAUACCUGUCACACAA